CUCGGUGUUCACAAGAGCAUUUCCAUGGAUCUGGAUUCGACAGCUCGCAUUCUCUGCAUCGGUGGAGCGGAUCUCAUAGAGCCCUAGAACGGAUCGGGCGGAGUCAUCUAGCUUAUCGUGGUUGAUCUUAUGUGAGGCGAGCGCCGUAUAGAACGGCAGCUCGAUAUCGGACGCAUAUGGCGCGUACUGCAUCUCUAGGAAGGACAAAGUAGUAUGAAUUUGCACGCCUAGGGCCUAGAGAAGAGUAUGAAGUAGAGUUCGGAGUGAUGUUCUUGGCUGAUGUUGGUGCGGAGUAUACCAGUUGAGUCGAGUUGGAGAGAGGAAGUAGAGGAACGGGAGGGGAAAGUGGGGGUGAUGUAAUCGUCGCGCGUCCCAAGAAAAGGAAAUAUGAAAAUAAAAAAAAACACCGCGUGACCAGCCCCCGUGGAAACAGCUUAGUUCCCUCGUUCAGAUUCACGAGCUCACCUUCUCGGCUCAUUUGGCCCUUUCUUGACCCUCCCUUCUCUUUCUCCUUGGUCUUGUGCUCUGUGGGUUAGGCAAUUACCAGAAUGCUUAUCGGCUUAUGCGGAGCUAUCUGCGCGGGCAAGCAUGCUAUUGCCGAAUAUUUGAUCGAGCACGAAGGGUUCCAGCUUCUCGAGCUGGCUACCAAACCCACGCAACGUAUCACCGAUGAGCCCGAUGACGACCUGCGAUUACAAGCCUCGGAAAUCAGAAAGAAUCGAGACCGAAAAGACCGAGAUGCCCAGUCUGAUCUGGUAUUUGAUACCCCAGAGGCCUUGUUGGAUUUUGUGACCAGAAGAUGGCAAGAGAAGUGGGUGACGACCGACAUUGCAGAUGGCUCGACCCUCGACCGGUUUCUGCUGCGGCCGUUCUUCCUCUUGGUGAGCGUGGAUGCUCCCGUCAGUCUUCGCUGGAAACGAUUCUCGGACCGGUGCUGGCGAAGGCAACUGGACCCGCCUGAUUUGGAGAAGUUCGUGUUAUGGAAUGACCGUCAUCUAUAUGAAAAGGACAUUGGGCGGGUCUACCUCACCGAUAGAGCCCAAGUGCGUCUGUUCAACUCCUCUUCGUCCCUAGAGGAGCUCCACCGUUCUCUCCAAACGCUGGGCCUCGCCGAUGAACAGCGUCUGCGCCCAAACUGGGAUCAAUACUUCAUGCAGCUUGCCUCCCUUGCCGCACAACGAAGCAAUUGUAUGAAACGUCGAGUGGGAUGUGUACUGGUCCGCGAGCGCCGAGUCAUCAGUACUGGCUAUAAUGGAACACCUCGGCACCUACCCAACUGCAACGAAGGAGGAUGUCCUCGGUGCAAUCGUGGUGAUGGUGGUGGAGUCGGUCUCUCCACCUGUCUUUGCCUCCAUGCCGAAGAGAAUGCUUUGCUGGAAGCCGGUCGGGAACGUAUUCGCGAAGGCGCGAUUCUCUAUUGCGAUACGUGCCCUUGCUUGACUUGUACAGUCAAGAUUACCCAGGUUGGCAUCUCCGAGGUCGUGUACUCGCAAUGCUACAAUAUGGACAAGGAUAGCGCUGCGAUUCUCGAGGCGGCCGGCGUGAAACUGCGACAAUUCAGCCCCCCGUCGAAUGGUUUGGUUUACUUGCAAGGCUCUACUUGAGUCAUUUAUCAGGAGGCUUGGACCCCCCUGAUGAUAACGAUACCGACGACGAGACGAGAUAGAAAGUCAGAAACAUGAUGCAUUUUGGUCAUUUUGGUGCAAAUAAAGGGGUUGGAUAUGCAUGUGAUGCGAGAGUUCAAAGCUUUACGGUACUGAAGGUGGAUAUUGAAAGUCCAGCCCGGAAAUAGGAGACGAUGGGAAACACUGGAAAUAAUCAUCACGCAGACUGCAUAGGUUUCACUGAGAACAUAACUACGUUUGGGCUCAAAAUCCCGGGUUGACUGUCAAGACUCUCACGAAAGUCAGAGUGUGUAUGCAUGACUCGAUAUCUUCUAUUAUCGGGCAGAAGGUGAUACGACAUGGCUUUGAAGAGCUGGUGUCUAUAAUCGCGUAUACACUGUUGGCCAAGGUCUUCGUCUCUUUAGCUUGAAAAUGAUAGUAAGAAAAACUGGCCCUAGA